AUGGGGGCCCCCACCCCAGAUCCUGCACCCAGGAUCCUGCACCCGGGAUCCUGCACCCGGGAUCCUGCACCUGGGACCCCAUCCAGGAUCCCAUGCCCAGGAACCCACCCGGGAUCCUGCACCCGGGAUCCUGCACCCAGGAUCCUGCACCCGGGAUCCCACCCAGGAUCCCAUGCCCAGGAACCCAGAUUGGGGACCCCACCCCAGAUCCUGCACCCAGGAUCCUGCACCCGGGAUCCUGCACCUGGGACCCCAUCCAGGAUCCCAUGCCCAGGAACCCAAAUUGGGGACCCCACACCCAGGAUCCCGCACCCAGGAACCCACACUGGGGACCCCACACCCAGGAUCCCUCACCCAGGACCCUGCACCCGGGAUCCCACCCCCAGGAACCCACAUUGGGGACCCCGCACCCAGGAUCCCGCACCCAGCACAGUGCAGG